UCUCGCUUCACCGCUCUGAAUAUUCACGCGCUAAGCGCACCCGCGAAUCUACCCACGCCACGGGACCGACGAGCGGACCCUGAUGCUCUCCGGGGCGGUGGCGGUGGUGGAGGCGGAGUCGUGAGGUGCUCGAGAAGGGAGGAGAGGCGGCGGUGAGGCGGGAGGGGAGCGGAGAUGAUACGGUACCAGAUACGGAACGAGUACGGCCUGUCGGAUCCGGAGCUGUACUCGGCUCCGGGGGAGGAGGAUGACCCGGAGGCGCUCCUCGAGGGCGUCGCCAUGGCCGGCCUAGCGGGCGUGCUCCGCCAGCUCGGGGAUCUCGCAGAGUUUGCGGCAGAAAUUUUUCAUGACCUGCAUGAAGAUGUGAUGGCCACUGCUUCUAGAGGACAUGGUUUAAUGCUCCGGUUGCAGCAGCUGGAGGCAGAAUUUCCAGCAGUUGAGAAGGCAAUUAUAUCCCAGACUGACCACUCAAAUUACCCACAUGAUGAUGGUGUUGAGUGGCAUGCAAAUCUUACACUUAAACAGAAUAUGAUCACACAAGGAGAUAUGCCCCGUUUCAUUUUGGAUUCAUAUGAAGAAUGUCGUGGCCCACCACACUUGUUCACAUUGGAUAAGUUUGAUGUCUCUGGUGCUGGAACCUCCCUAAAACGAUAUUCUGACCCCUCUUUCUUCAAGACAGAACAUGCCUCGAACAUGAUAGAAACGGAUGUUGUAAUUGAAAAGAAGCCCCGUAGAAUUAAGAAGAAGGCUAUGCGCUGGAGGAAAGGGGCGACACUUGAAUCAUUACUCAUUGCAAACUCCGAGUCUCACACGACCUCCAAGGAUCGAACUUCUAGAAAAGUUCCACCAAGGACAACAGAGUUGAAAUCCAGGCAUCCACGGAGUCCUGAUCAUAAAACUAUUAGCAGAAUCUGCAGGGAGCAUCUGCAAGAAGUAAUUUCAUCGCAACAAAAAAUCUUGUCUAGCUAUUCUUCAAAGCACUACCAUGUGAAAUUUAGGUCAACUGACUCAAGUGAAACAACAUCUCCAUUUGGAGAGUUGGACAAUUUUGGUGCUCAUGUUCAAUCUUCUGGUAAACUGGAACUGACUAAAGUUGUUCCAGUAAACGAAUCUGAUACUGUGGAGACUACAUCUGCACCCACUAAUGGAUCAGCUUACCUGGAGUCAGAUGAUAAAGAAUUUCUGGGAAAACAUGGACCUACUGAAUUAAAAGAAGUAUGCAAGAUGUCUCUUGUGGAACAAAAUGGCAUGAUCCGUGACUCGGAAAAGCUGCAGGAAUGUCCAGAUUUCCUGGUUGGGGAAAGUAACCGCAGAUUACAGUCAGUACGUGAAGAGAAAUUCCUAUUAGCUGCGGUUCCUGCUGAUCAAGGUGUUGAUGGCUGCAGGCCUGAUGACAUUGCUAGUGAUCAAGACAACUUCGUCGAUGCUCUUAACAACAUGGUCUCUGAAGGUGAAGCAGAUCCUGAAAUAAAAACUGAAUGGGAUUCCAGUGCCAAUGUGGAAGGGAAUGAAUUGAACUGUCACAGCAGGGAAGGUGAAAAUGCAUUGGAUGCACAGUUUCCAGAAGUAGGCCCUGCAAUAGACUCGUCACCAGGGUUGACCGGUUCAUGCUAUGGUGGAGAACCAACUUGUGUGGACUUACCUUUGAUAAAUGAUUCUGCUCCUUCCUCAGUGUCAACCACUAAUGGUCCAGACUCUGGUUCACCUUCUGGCAAACAACUGAAUGGUGUCGAUUGGACCAAUGAUGAAGAGCAAUUUAAUGAUGAUGAUCUAAUGGAUGUGAGUUCAUCAUCUAGUUUAGUUUCGGACAGUGCUGACUUGCAAACCAAUGAUGAUCUCGUUUGUUGUCCACAAUACCAGGAGGAAGCUUAUCACUCUCUCAAUGAUGAUCAUGCUGCUGUGACCCACAGUUCUGAUAAACAGUCACCCAAGACAUCUAGUGGCUUAAAUGGUUUGGCUAUGAGUAGCAACGAUUACACUGACAAAGCUUAUCACUUAGUGGAGCAUGGGCAGAACUUUGAGCCAGAUGGUACUUCUAUUGUAUUGAGCAAACCUAAUGAUGUUUCAAAAGAUGAAGAAGAUAUCAAUGUUGGGAUUGCUGAUGAUUUCUUUCUCCACCCUGCCAAGCCCAACCAAGAGGAAAUACAGGAGUCGAAGAAAGAAUUCGAAGAUGGAGAAUCUCUAGAUACAGGCACUUCACCUGUCAAGCUUGCAUCAUUGCCAGAUAAGGAUCAUGGUAUGUGCAUGAAUGAUUUGGAGAUGGACAAUGUUUCAGUUCCUGAAGAAAUUGUUGUGGAUACUACCCCAACGGGUUUGGAUCCCGAUGACAUCCAUGAGCAUUUAGAUGUUGAUUCAGGAAUUGCACUGACACAUUCAAGCAUGAGCUAUAAUCUAUUGUAUAAGUCACAUGAUGACGAGAUUGUUGAAGAUGUGCACUCUUUACCAGAUGAUGAUCUAUCAACUCCUUUUAAUAAGCUUGUUGCAGAGGAUCAUGGAAUAGUUGUGCUUGAAGAAGGGACUUGUUCAGCUAGCCUUAACACACACAAAGAGGAUUGUAUGCAAGCAUCUGCCAUGGUCAGGGAGUUCUCUUAUGUUCAAGAGCUUCCAGUAGUCAUUCAGGGUGUAUCACCCUCUCAAGAUGACAACACAGAAGCUUAUGUAGGAGAGACACUCGCACCCUCUUCCUGUGUGUUCAAUGAUGAAACAGAACCACUGAAGAUUGGUGUACCUCUAGCCCCUACUACUUUCUCUCUAUCUGACACCAGUAGUUCAUGUGUGGAACAGCAUGCAUCGACUGAAAUGGUACCUCCUGAAUGUGGUGAAGUUGUUGUUGCAGAAGAAUCAACUGCUAACAGGCUUGCAGAUGAUGUGGUACCUCCUGAAGAGGAGUUCACUGAUGCUGCCAAAUGUACUGAGAAAGCAGAGGUUCUCGCUACAAAUUCAACUGAAGAAGAUUCUAUUCAUGAUUUGCAAUUACAUUCUAGUUCUGCUGUCAGGGAAGGGAUGGAAACAGUGGAAGCUACUUGCAGAAAUCUUGGGGCAUUAGAUGAAUCAAGUGAACAUAUCUCUAAGAAAAGUACGUUGCAGACAGACAAUACUCCUCCUCUUACUGAAAUAGAGACUGCAGGUGAAAAAUGUAGUGACAGUGAUGAUAUUCAAUUUCUUUCCUCGUUGCGUUUUCUGGAAGAAUUUGGUUAUCAAGAGGAAUUACUAAAAGAAGCCAGUCUUAAUGCUGAAGUUCUCUCUCGGUAUAAUUCAGAUAAGGAUGGUGCAGUAAACCUGAAAAGUAACACGGUGGGGAAACAACCAGCAGAUGCUGAUCAAGAUUUAGCAUGGGGGAUGUCUGCUCAAAAUUAUAAUAGUACAAACCCAUUCAUGGAUCCUGGCUAUAUGAUGAGCCAUGCUCAAAUUUAUCCAUCUCCCAGUAUGAGUUACCAACCAUGUUUCUCUGAAGAACAGGAUUUCCUUUCAGAACUUCUAAUACAACAUGACAAUAUGGAAGCAGCUGCUGAUUCCCUUUGGGAACCUGCAACUCCACCUGAUGAAGCACCAUUACCAUCAGAAGAUAUGACUGAAGAAGAUUUCAGAUCCUUCUGCCACGAAUAUCAUGAGAUAGAUUUUACAGCCAGCACUGAAGGUUUUCAUGGUGAACCAGCCUCAGAUUCUAACAAUGUGUCAAAUGCUUUUGUUGUCAGUGAACCAGAUUUUCCUUGUUCUGUCUCUGCUUUGCCAGUGAAGUUAGACCAGGAAGCCUGUGGUCGUUGUAAGUUUGGUUCUCAACAUGCUGAAUGUUCAUCUGCCACGGAUAUACAAGCCGAUACAUCUAUACCCUUUUCUGCCAAAGAAGAUCUCGAGGAUGAGACACCAGGAGUGGUUUCUCACUUAAAAUCUCAUGAGUCUUUCAGUGACAACAGAAGUCCUGAAUUAGAUACGCUCUCUGUUCCAGUGGAUUUACAGCAGGAACAGCGUGACUUGUCUGGGGUUGAUUCUCAUAGUAGUUCUCGUUUGGUGGAUAAAGAGAAGACGUGUGAAGAAUGCUGCUCUCCUUUAAGCAACAUUGUUCCAGUGAAAAAAGAGCUGGAAAUUCGUGCCAACCUUGUUCCACAUUCUUUUAUUAAUGAAAAGGUAGACGAACUGGAUGUUCCCCCAAGUAAUGACGUACCAGUGGAACCAGAGGUAGGAUCCCGUGUCUUGGAUGAAUAUGAUAAUAAAGAUGUUCCAUGCUGUUCAACUGGUGAGAAGAUAGAUGCCCUUACUUCGAGCAAACAUGUUCUAGUCCAAGGGUCAGAUGUUUGUGUCUUUGGUGAAUUUGAUGCUCCGAUUGUUCCACCAAUCUCAGUUGAUGAGAAUAAAGACAAUCUAGAAGCCUCUGUUUUGAGGAUUUCUGAACAGGAGUCAGAAUGUUGCACUUCAGGUGAACAUGUUUCUCAAAUCGCUCUAUCUUCUUCGCUUGAUGAGAAGAUUGAUGAACUGGAUGGCCCUCCUUUGAGCAAUGCUGUUGUACUGGAACAGGAGCCAGAAUUUUGUGUUCCACGUGGGCUUGAUUCUCAAAUCACUCCAUGUUCUUCAAUUGAUGAAAACAUAUAUGAACUAGGUUGCCCUCCUUCAAGCAGUUCUGUUUUAGCGAAUCUUGAGUCAGGAGAUCAUUUCUUGGGCGACCUUUAUUCCCAAGUUACUCCAUUUUCUUUGGUUGAAGAUAAGAUUGAUGAAUCUGAAGCUGCUCAAUCAAACAGCGUUCUUCCUGAGGAGCUAAAGCAGGAAGCUGAUGCAACCCCUAAAUUAGACUCUCAAGUUGCUCCGUAUUCCUUGAAUGACGAUAAAGUCGGUGAAAUAGAUGGGCCUCCAUCAUGCAAUGUCUGGGUGGAAUCAGAGAAGGAAUCUGAUUGCUACACUGAAUUUGAUUCCCAAAUUGCACCAUUUUCUUCAAAUUCAGCAGUACUAGCUGACACAACAGCAUCGACUUCUCCUGCCAUGCAUAGUACUGAGCAAACAUAUCUGUUGUCUACUGGUCCACCACCCAUUGUACCAUUUCAAAAUGAUUACUAUGACGAUCCUCAAAAACCACCCCCUCUCCCUCCUCUCCAAUGGAGGCUUGGAAGGCCUCACCUAGGGCUUCUGAGUACAAAAGCAUGUAUGUUUGAGCCUGCAAGGAGAACAGGUCCUGUUUUACAGGCAUCAAGCCAAGAGAUGGAUACUAGGCUAGGUUUGCUUGAUCGAACGGGUAGAUCAAUAGAACCAGUACCCUCACAAGCGAUCAAAGAAGAUAGAUAUCAGAAUUCAAUGAUAGACGAUAAUGAUCGAAAUGUAGAAUUUGGAAGAUUGUCGACCAGUCUAGCAGUAACUGAUGUUGCAAGGACUGAACACGACUUGCCAUUCUCGGAGGCGUCGAAGAACAUUAAGCAACAGGGGCAUAUUGCUUCAUCCGCAAUAGGAGUUGAGGAACAUCUGGAUGAUACUGGGGUUACACAUGGAACAGUUUUAUACCCAUCGAACCCUCUGCUUCCAUUUCCUACAUAUAAACAGCAGGGCCCUCAACUGUGCAUCUUAUCUUCAGAUGCUUCGGAAAAUAGUGAGCAUCCCAGUCUUACGCAUCCAACUGCAUCAGAGGAUGACAAAUCAGUGGAUGGUCGCAAUGCUGGUGGUGGCAUGGUGAGUACUUCAACAAUAGGACAUGUUUCUGAAAAUGAGUGUUACCAGCAAGCUCAGCAUGGUGAAUCGUCCUCAGAGAAUUCAGACCAUAAAGAGCGUAAAGCAAAUGCAUCAGAGGAUAAAAGUAUAAAACAUCAGUUUAUUACAAGUGAGGAACCUUCAGACACAACAAAUCAUUCUGCAUCAGGCUCACUGAUGGAAGGGAAUGACCAGGAGAGUGAAAUUUUACAGGAACAAAAUGUGGGGAGCUCCGAGGAUAGUCAGUCGGGAGGCUCAUUGCCUAGUGCAGAACCAAUGGCAACUCAAGAUUAUCCACAUGAUGAACACAAUUUGGAGAGAGAGAGGGUUCACCAACCAAGUGGCCCAGGCCCGUUCGUGGUGUGGCCCGGUGAUAAAAGUAACUUCGUCAGUGGCCUUGAUGAAGAUAGCUUUGCGCAUGCUGAGCAGCCACCUGUGAUGGGAUGGACUGUUGGACCUCAGAUGCUUCAUCCUAAUUAUGGUAUAUCGGUAGAAGAAAGCCAAUUUGAGCCAAAUGUCACAGAUAAACGUUUAAUCAGGAAGCCUAUUUCAAUAAAAAACAUCCCAAGGAAUCCACUGGUUGAUGCUGUUGCUGCUCAUGAUAGAAGCUCGAUGCGAAAGGUUUCAGAGCUUGCACCCCCAACUGAUAAGCCAGAGCCCAAUGAGAGAAACUUGUUGCUAGAGCAGAUAAGAAACAAGACCUUCAACCUGAAACCAGCGAGUCCUUCUAAGCCAUCAGCCAUGAGAUCCCCAUCUAGAGGCAAUACUAGAAACUUGAAAGUUGCUGCAAUCAUACAAAAGGCACAUGCGAUACGCCAGGCAGUGGGAAGUGAUGACGAAGAUGCGGAUAAUUGGAGUGACUCGUAGAUGUGUAUCCUGGUAUUUUUCCAUGGCAGAAAGAUAACGAAAUCAUCAACUACACCUUGGACAGGUUGGGGGUUGCACAGCCAUGUUAUGGAUAGCAAUGUUAGUCUUGUGUAUAGUAUAUGUCCAUACAUUUCUGGUUUUCUUUUUUCAUUCUUUUAGCUUAUUGUUUGUAUACUUGCCUCUCCCAGCAGCAAAGGCUGUUGCAGUAGCCAUGUUCCUAGGAGAGCAUGCAUAUUCUUGAGGUCUAUGUAAAUGAAACUAAUGUUCUAGGUAAACAGAAUUAUCUAUCUACUGAAAAGAGUCGUCUGC